AUGGCAUCCCAAAGCAUCCAGAUACUAGGCGUGAUGUUGGCUUUGUUAGGUUGGCUGGGCACCAUUAUCACCUGUGCUCUGCCCAUGUGGAGGGUCACAGCUUUCAUCGGAGCUAAUAUUGUUACAGCACAGGUCAUAUGGGAGGGUUUGUGGAUGAACUGUGUAGUACAGAGCACCGGACAGAUGCAAUGUAAGGUCUACGACUCCUUGUUGGCACUGCCGCAGGAUCUUCAGGCAGCCCGAGCUAUGGUCAUUAUCUCUGUCUUAGUGGGCGUCUUUGGUGUGCUGAUGGCUGUAAUUGGAGGAAAGUGUACAAACUGCAUGGAGGAUGAGUCGUCAAAAGCCAAGGCUUGCAUCGUCUCAGGGGUGAUCUUCAUCAUCGCCGGCUUCCUUAUACUAAUACCUGUGAGCUGGUCCGCCCAGACUGUUAUCCGGGACUUCUACAACCCCCUGUUGUCCGAAGCACAGCGUCGGGAGCUGAAUACGAUGGCUGCGUCUGGUCUGCAGGCUCUGGGUUUGGCACUGGCUCUGAUCGGCUGGAUCGGUGUCAUCGUCAUCUGCGCUCUGCCCAUGUGGAAGGUCACUGCGUUUAUCGGGCAGAACAUCGUGACCGCGCAGACCUUCUGGGAGGGUUUGUGGAUGAACUGUGUGAUGCAGAGUACCGGACAGAUGCAGUGUAAAGUCUACGACUCCAUGCUGGCGCUUCCUCGGGAUCUGCAGGCUGCCCGCGCCAUGGUCAUCAUCUCCAUCUUGGUGUCUCUGUUCGGGCUGCUGCUGGGAGUCGCGGGAGGAAAGUGCACCAACUGUAUUGAGGAUGGAGCUGCGAAAGCGCGGGUGUGUGUGGUGGCAGGGAUUCUGUUCCUGAUCGGCGGAGUUCUGUGUCUGAUCCCGGUCUCCUGGUCCGCUCAUACCGUUAUUCUGGACUUCUAUAACCCGGUGGUGGCGGAGGCGCAGAAGCGUGAACUGGGUGCGUCGCUGUUUAUCGGGUGGGGUGCUGCUGCUCUGCUGAUGCUCGGAGGUGCCCUCCUCUGCUGCCAGUGCCCAAAAAACGAGUCCCGCGGUUAUUCUGCCAAAUACACGGCUCCCAGAUCUAAUGCACAUGGUGGAAACUACGUGUAGAAAAUUAGUUAUCCUGGACUGACUGGUUCAGAUUCAGUCAUGUUUUAUACAAGUCUUAAU